AUGUCACGUCGCGAUGAAGGGAGUGAGACCCCAACACGAGUAGCAAUGUACGAAUCUAGAACUCCUCAACGCACUCCUCAACGCAACACACCCACGAGAACACCUACAGGCCGAUCAUUCUUCAAUCCAGGCACAAUGCAACGACCAACACCUCCCGAUUUUACUGCUUUAGCCAAGGAACAACAGCAACAGCAACAACAGCAGCAACGACCAGCAGUGCUAGGCAAACGCAAUGACAACAACUUUGUUGCUUACAAUCCUGAAAAGGAACCUAUCAAGGCUUAUUUGAGGAUCCGUCCACCGCCAUCCAUGUAUCAUGAGGAAGAUCGUCCCUAUCUAAAAGUCGUCGAUGAUAUCGAGGUUUCGAUGACACCACCAUCAGAUUCCAAUGCUUAUCGUACACGCAAUCGAGCUCCAGAGCGAUACAAGUUCAGCAAGAUCUUUACUGAGAAUGUGAAGCAAAAGGAUUUCUUUGACAAGACGACAUUGCCACUGGUUGAAGAUGUGCUCAAAGGAGAGAAUGCGCUCGUGUUUGCAUAUGGUGUCACCAAUUCAGGCAAAACAUACACCGUCAUGGGAACAAAGGAAGAGAUUGGAUUGGUGCCACGGACAUUGGAUGUCAUUUUCAAUAGCGUGCAAGGAUACUUGAGUGAAUCCAAGCUUAAGCCGACAAUGCACAGCCUUGUUCAAACCUAUCACGACCCAGCUGAGGAGAAUCGAGACAUGUUGGAUCAAAUCAUGCAAGGUACAACAGAAGGAUUCGCGCCAAAAGGCAUGCAAUCCAAUCUAUGGAAUGGAUCACAACCUACUAUGCAUGAUCAAACAGUAAUCGACAUCAACCAAAAGUAUGAAUACGGCAUUUGGCUAUCCUUUGCUGAGAUCUAUACCGAGAAAAUCUAUGAUCUAUUGGUACCGCCAGAUAGGCACCUCAAGCGUCGACAGCUUCCUCUCAAGUAUGAAUUCCGAAGCGGACACAAGUACAUUGCUGGUUUGAAGCAAGUCAAAGUACAAUCGAUCGAGGAAGCAUACGCCUUGAUGGAACAGAGCCAAAAGAAUCGGGCUGUUUAUUCAACAUUAUUGAAUCAUACCAGCAGUCGCAGCCACAGCAUCUUUACCAUCAACAUUGUACGAGCCCCCAUUGAUGAUGAGGACUAUGUCAUUGAGGACCCAUCGUAUGCCUCGGUAUCCAGAAUGUCCAUUGUUGACUUGGCAGGCUCUGAACGUCAUCGGAACACAUUCAAUUCGGGACAACGGCUUAAGGAAGCAGGCAACAUCAACAAAUCUCUCAUGGUACUGGGACAGUGUAUGGAGACUUUACGCUUGAAUCAGCUUAAAGCGGAUAUGGGCAAGCGUCAAGCUAUUGUACCAUUCCGGCAUAGCAAGUUGACCGAACUCUUUAAAAGCUCGUUUGAGGGCGAUGGCAAAGCGGUUAUGGUGGUCAACGUGAAUCCAUUUGAUACCGGGUUUGAUGAAAACAGCCAUGUCAUGAAGUUUGCAGCCGUGGCCAAAAAUGUGGCAACAUGGAGACGCAUCCAUCCCAAGCUCGAUUUACACAACAUCUCUGGGGCAGUUAAACGACUUCGUACGCAAAGCGGAGAAAUGCAAAAGCAAUACACUCGAUAUACCGGGAAUGAUUCUAUGCUACUGGAUGACAUUGCUCCUGAAUCCUCAACGGAUGAUGAUGACGAUGAUGAUGACGACGAAGAACAGGAUCCUUUUGUGGACAAUUUAAUCGGCCAAUUGGAAGAACUACGAAGCAAAUGGAUUGAGGCUGAAUCACGCUGUGCUACGAUUGAAUCUACUGUAAGGCAGCAAGUAUCGGUGGAGAUGGAAAAUGAGCUUCGCAAAAUGGAAGAUAUCUACAUGACAGCUUUACAAAACAAGAAUGAUCUUAAUCAGUCGCAACUACAAGAGCAGCUGGAGCGCAUGAAAGACGAUGAUGGCAAUGAUCCGAUGCGUGAAAGCGUGUUAGCUGAUUUGCGACAGAGACAAGAGAACCUCACCGUUGAGAUUGAUCGAUUGCGUGCGGUCAUGCGAGAUCAUGAGGCUACUAAGAAUAGCUUGCUGGAUAAGAUCACAGAGCUGGAAAACGACAAGCGACGUGAACAGGAACACAACAAACAGCUAUUGCAACAACUACGCAACGACAAGGAGGAGGAAGAAAAGCCCAAAAGCGUGCCAAUGGAAGGAGUGGAAGAAGACGUAUCUACACAAUCAUCCGAUGCAGGCCAACAACCAUCCAAUCCUGAUCCCAGGUUCCAGAAGCUUUUGGAUUUGCGAAAACGAUUACGACGCAGUGUCUUUAAGGGUGGAAAUGAAUAUGCCGAUGACACAAGUGCAAUCAUGAAGCAGGUGGAGGAGUUUGAAGAUGUAACAUUCGAGCUUGUCAAGGAAACCAACAUGGGCCGCCUUUUGAAGUUGAUUGCACAACAACAAUUUGAAAAGGAUCCCGACAACAUUCAAGAGCGUUCCAAGAAACUAUUCAAGCGUUUUGCCCAAUUGUCGAUCAAUGUACUUGCACCACCCCCACCGCCUACUCCUAAACAACAACAACAACGCCGCAAUGCUCAUCAUACCAAACAUCGCCACACAUCCAAUACAAGAAACACGUAUCGCACUGUACUUGUUAGUGUGGAUGCUGGCAAGGAAGAAGAUUUGAUUUCUGACAUGCGGGUUGCCUUGGAAACUCUUCAACAUGAAAAUUCCAAACUCAAGAACCGUGUCAAGACAAUGCAAGAAGGCCAUCGUCGUCUUAAGGAAGCUUUCAAAAAGACCAAAGAUCUGGAAAAUGACGUGCCAUCCUUGAUAUCAACUUCCCACAUUCUUGAAAAAGAGUCGCUUGAUUUUGGAGCAGCAACGACUACUCAACGAGGCAAAGGGGUUGCCAACAAAUCCACAGCGCUCGAUGAGGAGAAUUCGGCUGCAUGUCACGAUUCAUCGGGAGAACUCAGCCCUGUUUUAGAAGCCCCAUCGUUACCCAUGCCUGAUUCCAGUGAUGAUGAGUAUAGUGGUGACUCUUCCUCAAAUCAAGAGCCUCUAGCACGACGUCGAAGAAAAACCGGAAGUAUGUUGGAAUAA